CUGCGUGGGAGCGUCUUACGGGAAGUACUUCGGCUGUCCUUGCUCGUGCAACACGCAUGAUUGAUUCAUUUGCCUUGGGCAGCAAUGCAAAUGCAUCGGUGAUCCUUGUAAAACAAUCCAAGAAGUUGCCCAUCGUUCAGUCUUUUAAACCCAAUUCGAGAUUUGACCCACGACAGUUUUUCCCACCACUAGACGAUGAUUCUUCGUCGUGUUCUCUCUUCUUCUAAGCACCGCUCGAGAGAGGCUUCGAAUUUGCUCCAGAGGUUUGGUCCGGAGAGGAAUGUUCAAACUUUUAAUUAUUCAAAAUCGUCCAGAAAUGGUAAUGGGCGUCGGAAUGUUUUUCCCGUAUUGCCUGCCGAAGCAGAUGCUUCUCGGCCUUCGAGAAACUAUCUCAUUCCUAGUCUUAUAGUAGGAGGUGUCGUUGGGGCUGCAGUUCUAAUCCGUUAUAAUGACGAGAGGAGAGCAACUUUAAAAGGUCAAGGAAGUAGCGGGGAAGGAAAUUCAGUCAGGGGACCGAUUAUUGGUGGACCAUUUACUUUAAUUGACACGGAGCAUCGGAUUGUCACUGAAAAGGACUUAAAAGGAAAAUGGGUACUCCUCUAUUUCGGGUAUACAUCAUCACCUGAUGUUGGUCCCGAACAACUCAAUACAAUGGCGAAAGCUAUUGACAUAUUAGAGUCAAAACAGAACGCAGAGAUUUUACCAGUAUUUGUCACGAUUGAUCCUCAGAGGGAUAUACCUUCUCAUCUCCGUGCUUAUCUUAAAGAGUUCCAUCCGAGAAUAAUUGGACUUACAGGAUCUGUUGCUGCUGUUAGGCAGAUGGCGCAGGAAUACCGAGUUUACUUCAGGAAGGUCGAAGAGGAAGGGGAUGAUUAUCUUGUAGAGACCUCUCACAACAUGUACUUGCUGAAUCCGAACAUGGAGGUGGUGCGCUGCUUCGGAGUGGAGUACAGUGCUGAAGAACUGUCAGAGGCAAUAGCCACUGAAUUACAGAGAAACCCAAGAAACUAUGUUGCUGGUUCUUCCGCACCUUGAAGCAGGUUUCGCGUCUCAGACUGAUCCCCUGAGGCCUUGCAUCCCUAGGCAAUAUGGUUCACAAACUGAAUCACACUGAGUUGAUUUGGACCUUGUUGACAAUGAUCCUGUGAAAUCGCGAUUCUGUUUUCAUGUCAUCGGGAUUAGGAUUAGUCCUUUGCUUGAGAAUGUUCAUGA